GAGCGCGGGGCAUGGCGCUGAGGGCGGGCGGCGCGGCGGGGCGCCCGGCGCUGCUCCUGCUCAUGUCUCUGCUCCUGCCCUCGCCGGCGGCGGGCGCCGUGAACGGCAGCAGAGCGGAGGUGGCGAAGCCCCUGGGCGGGCUCGCCGAGCCGGGUCUGGAUGCCACUGUGUCCGCAGAAGUAGAAUAUGGAGCAUGCACUGUUACAUGUGGUAUUGGCAUUCGGGAAGUUCUGUUAACCCGUGGAUGCCCUGGGACUGAAGCAAAAUGUCUUGUCCGUGUGGAGGAAUGUCGGGGGCCAGUAGACUGUGGAUGGGGAAUACCAAUUUCUGAGGGCCUUGCCUGUGUGAAGAUGCCUUGUAUUUCUAUACCUCCUGAAAAUCGAUUUACAUAUGUUUGGAAGAUGUUAAUUCCAAGCAAGACACCACACAUUCUUCCCAAUGAUUCAGCUAUUAUGGAAGUUUGCAGAGGUACCCAUUCAGUUACUUUCCAGUGUGAAACUCAAGAAAAUGGAAUUAUAAUUGCCUCUGUAAAAUACACAGUCUACGCAACAACUGAGAUACAAGCAAAAAAAUCUAGGAGAAUAGAAACAGAGCAAUCAAGGAGAACAAGAGAUGCCAUCCUGGUCUUUUGCCUGGUAACUGGAACCAUUGUGACUGUUGGUGUGAUCUUUGCCGUGAUCUUUAUGAUUCUUCACUGGGGUCUUAUAAAAUAUAUUUGGAAAUCAAAAUUUGGACAAGACAACCAAGAGAAGUUGGCCCACAAAAGAUCACUGUGUAACAUGGACUAAAUAGCCCCCCUAAGGGUCUGCAUUGGCCUUUCAAGGAACUGGAGUCUCCACCUGUAGCUACAGUGUUCUCACCAUCUGCAUUAGCUAUAAUAGAAGUGUCAAAGCCCUCACUCACCAAGUAUGAAGUGCAAAAGUCCUUCCAGGACUUGCAUAAUAAAUAGAAAAAAAAUGGAUUACAAAGAAAUGUGAUACAAAGAAGAUUAAAAUAUGUUUGAUAUACUGGUUUUAAGAAGUACGUUUUAUAGUUCAUUCACUGUCUUUGAUUUCCAGUAAGUCUGACAUUUAAGAAGUCUUAAUUUUGUGACGAUAUUAAUCUAGACUAGAUGAAACCAGACAUAUAGUUUAGGCAGAGACCAUUUUUUGUAAAGUGCUCCUCAUCUCCCUGGUGAUCUUCAAGCAUAGCACCUACUAUGUAAUCACUAUAAUCCAGUUUCUUCUUGACACGUGGAGGGAUACAUAAUGGUAGGGAAGGUCAUUAAAAGUUGCUUCAUAAGUUUAAUUAAUUUUUUACCUGCACAUUUGUGCUUGUAACCAUUUCUGCCAUCAAGGGGACCAAACUAUGUGAACAGAAGAGUAGGGUCAGACCAAGGAUUCAUCUACCUCUGUAAUCACAUCAGUGGAUGAAAAAAAAGGAUGUCUAGGGGAGAGUACAAAAACAAGACAAGGCUGUAUGAUGUUCCACAUGUAUUCCUCCAGCUUCCAGGCAUUUGCAGAUUUUCUAAAACAGAUGCAACUUCUAAGCAGUUAGCAAUCUUGCAUGGAUUUCUUUUCCAUGGCUUUGUUCAAUGUCCCCUUGUACCUGUGUAAGCUUCUGUCCCAUAAAACAUCCUAGGGCAAGGAGAUCCAUAGCACAACCACAUCUUUUGUGCAGCUUGAACCCACCUCCUUCUAGCUUCAUUUGACCACCUUACUUCUUGAAAAGGCAGUGAGCUGCCAGGCCACACUGUCCUCUCCCCUUCAGGGAUCAUAUUCUUUUUGGAAUGAAAAGUGCAAGAGUACAUAGUGAUUCUUCAUCGUGAAACCAUAUCAUACCUCUGAUCAUCCUUUCUGAGCUUCUCUAACCCUCCUCCAUUACAUGACAGUCUUGUUUAUGAAGGUGCUUUCUGUUGGUGUACAUAAACAUUGUUUGAUGCAGAUAAAAAACCUGAGUGGAUGACAUGUUGAAAAAUGGACUGUGGACUGAUUAAAAUGUUUAAUAGAUUUUAUAAUUAAGAUUUUCUCUUGAGUAUUGUAAAAGCUCUGAAAAGAGGCCAAAUAUUGAGCACUCCAGGGUAGAGAAUGCUUCUCAGUAAAGAACAUUGUGAAAAAAUGGCAAAAAAAUAGAUUGGAGGUAGUAACUCAUCCUCUCAAAGAAUUCCUGUUCUCUUCAGAUCCUCUGUUGCUGCAGAUGUUCUAACUGCACCAUCUGCACAUCCUUAAAAAAGCAUUAUCAUAUUUUUCAGAGAUACAUCAUUUUGUUUGCUGUUUAGUGAAACGAUCAUUUACAUUUUUGCAAAUAAAACAUCAUACUAAAAAAUGACAUGCACUUAAUUCUAUAAAAAUAUCUUUUUUAAAAAAGGAAAUGAUAUUUUUGGUAACACUAUCAUUAACUAUGUCAUCUUAUAGCAUUUGGUGGACAAACUUAAAAGUCUUGCAACAUUAAGAAGAAAAUGCAUAGAGCAGGAAAAAGCAGACAAUAAAUUCUGCAGUUCACAAAACUAGCUUACACAUUCAAGGUGAGUUUUUGAUUCUGUGCAACAAUCAAAGACAGCAUAUUGUGGUGAGUCUGGGAUUAGGUCUGGAAUGCUGCUCUUAAAAACAGACCCAAACCAGUUGUUAUUACUCAGGAAAAUGUUUCCACUGAAAGUAUGGUAAAUAUGAAGCACUGCCAUCGGCUCUAUGAUUGACUUCUGAACUCCUGCUUUCGUGUUGUGAUUAGGGUGUAGUGUAACUGAAAGAGAGGGAACUAGGAUAUUCUUUUCCAUAAUGAUGCAAAGGUGUACUAAUACACAACCAUUUUGUAUUUUAAUAACAUUUGCAAAGAACCUCCAGACUUGUUUGGGUUGAUAUUUUGAAGGUUUUAAAUUUCCAUGGUCUGCUGGAAAACCCAGCAAAAAGUGAUAGGUAACAUAAGCAGAGUAGUUCAGAAAAUGAAAUUCAGGAACAGCUGAACUAAUCCGUACUGGUAAGUGUGGGGGUUCUUAGGGUAGGUCAAGGAGGCUUUGUUCUUUUGGCUUAUAUUUUGCAAAAUAUGAUUAUCUGCUGCUUUUUUUGUUCUCUUACAGCUCCUUAAAGCUAUGUACAAAACAGGAAAAAAAUUGCUAGAAAAUUUGAUGCAAAAACUGUAGCAUAAAACACAGAAGAGUGCCUUACUGCUCAACAGAUAGGGCAAACAGGCUGUUCUGUUGCUGAAGCUGCAAUCAGAAACUCCAAGAAGUGAGGAAAUUCCUGAAGUUGGUAGUUACUCUGUCCAAGCAGCCAUCACACAACCACUGUAUUAUCAUCUUCUCAUUCUAAAUAUAAACUUGAAUGAGUUGCUCUUUGUACUAGAUGCAGUAUAACACACAUAGGAAGUGCAAAAUUAUUAUCUUAGCACAACUGUCCCUGACUUUUGAUGCCAUAAUCUGAAUAAUAUACCUGUUGGUUUGGUAAGAGGGUGGACAGCCAUGACAGUCAGGUAAAGGGCAUCCAGAAAUAAGUGUUUCAGUUAGCUUAAGUAUUUUUAAAGAGAGAAAGAAUAUGUUGCAAUCUUCUUGAACACUUCUAGCAAGAAGUGUUCACCAUCUAGAAUAUAUAACUGUACUUGGUGUAACUCCUUUUAUCUGCAGUGCCUGAGAAAUGUAAAGAAUUUUCAUUGUUACUUUCUGGUAGUGGGUUAAUUAAAAGAAUCAACAGGAGUUUCUCCUUUUCUGUAGAUUUAACUACAAUGUUUUUAUCUCCUUCUGCUUGCUGACUGCAGUGGAAACAUUAUCUCUACUGAUCACCCCAAGGUACAGAAGUAUUCUUAUUCUGAGACCUUAGGCAUGUGCCCAACUCCUGUUUAAGCCAGUGGUAUUUAAAUUCUUGAAGUGAGAAUCUGCUGCAUUUCUAAGGGGAGAAACACGGAAGAACUAUAAGAAGGGACAAAGGUCACAUAAAAAUGUUUUCAUGAUCACGGGAGCCUACAAGAGCUUUUGGCCAAUGCAGGUUAGGCAGCCUCUCUAGCCCGCUCUGGCAAGUGUGAUCUGUACAGAAAUCCUAGCACUGUGGGAGCCGGAUACCCUCCUACACCACACCUUGGAUGGCCAUCAAGCUCAGUUCAUCUGCCAGGAGACCUUUUCACCUGCCUUUGCUGUACAGAGCCUUCCACUAUCUCCUCCCACUACUCCAGCUGCUGAAUCUGGGAUACAGGGGCCGGAGUGAAGGUGAAAAUCUCAUCAUGCUUAAAUUUAAGCUUGUGCUUACAUUCUUUCCUGAGCUAAGAUGUCCUCGUACAUGUGUUUAAGUGAUUUCCAGAAUCGGGGCCAAAAUGACCGUGUCAUUCCUUGCUUUCAUUUGCUUUGCAUUGUCUAAUGUUGCAACACGAUCUUGUGGGUUUCAAUUUAAUAGUAUUUUAAUUGUUUCCCCAGUAUUCUUUCAUCUUCCCUUUCUUCUUCUUCUUAAAGAAAAAUCUUUUUGGAAUGCAUAUCUUGCCUGUAUAUGAUCCACUAUCUAUCUCAGGAAAUUUAGGAUGCAUUUAUAUAGUUAUUUAAGUCUUGAUGUGUGUGCAGUUUCAUUUAUGUAUGGUCUAAUAGUAUAUACCAUAGAAAUGAAUUUUUUUUC